AUGUACCGGUAUUCAUCAUUAAAGGGUACCGUAUUCAAUGUUAUAACUUUAGCGUAUGCUGUAUUAGUGUACUUUUUCAAUUACAAUGUUAGCUCUGUCAUUGUCCUCAUCCUUAGAUUAUUUUUGGAACAGGAUGAGCCAGCAAUAAGUGCAACAGCCGCAGUCACAGCAAUCACUCUGCUCACUAUCCAGUGCAUAAGAAGAUGCUACGAGACUUACUGUCUUCAGGUUUUUGCUAAAUCCAGCAAAAUGAACCUGAGCCACUAUCUAGUUGGUAUAGGACAUUAUUUUGCAUGCAUUGUUGCCACGAUUGGACAGGCUCCAUUGUUUUGUGGCACUCAGAACAGAGAUAAGGUCCUAUGGAUAGACACGCGUACCACUUUGCUAGCAAUACCUUGUAUCGUGUCCUUCUCCUGUGCCUUCUACGAACAAUACAAGACUAACCUGAUCUUUGCGAACCUACGCAGAGAUAAAAAGACAGGUGCCGUUGUCACUGAAGAACAUCUGGUGCCUCAUGGACGUCUUUUUGAGCUGGUCUCGAGUCCCCACAGACUGUGUGAGAUAAUAUUAUACACAGCCCUAAUCUUCCUGGUACCAACGAAGACAUUCUUCUGCAUCUACCUAUGGGUUCUGAGCAAUCAGAUCCAGACUGCGAUCCAGGCACAUGAGUGGUACAAGAAAUCUUUCAAAGGCUACCCUAGCAACCGAUUUGCAGUGUUCCCUGGUAUUUUG